AUGCUGCUGCCGCAGCAGCUGCAGCAAGCGCUGGAGCAGCAGCGGCUGCUUGAUAGUAUACGCGGGCUGCUGCUGUCUGGUGGUGUCUCCUUUUAUAUAUCUCGUAUUCUCUGUCUCUCUUUGGGAAACCCCACAGAAACGGAGACAGUUGCUUUGCUUGAGGGGAUUCAUCCUGCUGCUGCUGCGCUGCUGCUGCAGCGGGGGCUCUCCAACGCGCUCCCCACACGCCUGCGCACUCUGUACUUCGGCCAGCAGCAGCAGCAGCAGCAGCAGCUGCAGCUGCAGCAGCUGCAGCAGGAAGAAGGGGAAGAGGAGAAAGAGGAGGAGGAACAGCAGCAACAGAAGCAGCAGCAGCAGCAGCAGCAGCAGCAGAGGCAGCAGCAGAUGCCGCUGCUGCUGUGGAAAGAUGGGAAGGGCUUGCUGCAGAGGAAGCUGCAGCAGCAGCAGCAGCAGCAGCAGCAGCUGAAGCAGCAGCAGCAGCAGCAGCAGCAGGAGCAGGAGUGGCUGCUGCCUCUCGAGCCACAUAAACCCCAAGAGGAGGCCCCGCAGCAGCUGCUGCUGUCUGCUGCUGACCCCCCCUGGGUGCGGCUUGCUCAGCCGGUGCCUCCACCUGCUGCUGCUGCUGCUGCUGCUGCUGCUGCUGUUGCUGCUUAUUAUAAAGAAAGAACAGAAAUGACGCAGCAGGAAAGACAUGCAGCAGCCAUUAUCCUCGCCGUAGGCAAACGAGUUGGUCCUCGCAAGCUGAUGUAUCCUGCUGCGUUGCCGCUGCUGCUGCGGAUGGCUCUGACCCGGCUGCUGUUUGGGGAGCAGGUUGAGGGCUGCAUGCGUUUUGUAAAGAGUGCAGCAGAAGCAGCAGCUGCUGCUGCUUUUGCUGCAGCACUGCUGCUGUGCUACGCCAAAAGAGUAUGUCGACGAGCUGCUGCUGCUGUUGCUGCUGUUGCUGCUGCUGCUGCUGUUGCUGCUGCUGUUGCGCCGAACGGGCGUGUUGCUCGGCGUCUGCAUGCGCUCCCUGCUUUGCUGCUGGCGUUUUGGGUGUAUGUACACCUGCUGCGGCCUGAGGCGGUGGGGACGCGGCAGCUGCUGCAGUGGAGGCUUGCAGCAAGGAGGAAGCAGCAGCAGCAGCAGCAGCAGCAGCAGCUGUUGCACCUACGUGUCUUACUGCUGCAACCGCCGCUGCUUGAACUGCGUUUGCUCAGAAGCAGCUUUUUUUUUUAG